GUCAGUUUUAUUCAAUGAUCGCUCCCUUAUACCCAUAAUGCACAGGAGUUCCUGUAACAACUUGCAUUGUCAUUUACUGCUUAACCAGUAACUCUAGAAUAAUGGAUCGCUUAUUAAGACUGGGUGGUGGUAUGCCGGGGCUUGGUCAAGGUGCCACCCCAUCAGAUGCCCCUGUUGUAGACACGGCUGAACAAGUCUACAUAUCCUCUUUGGCACUGCUUAAGAUGCUGAAGCAUGGACGAGCUGGUGUACCAAUGGAGGUUAUGGGUCUCAUGUUGGGGGAGUUUGUGGAUGACUACACUGUCAGGGUCAUCGAUGUGUUUGCCAUGCCACAGUCAGGAACAGGUGUGAGUGUAGAGGCAGUAGAUCCAGUGUUCCAGGCCAAGAUGUUGGAUAUGUUGAAACAGACAGGGAGACCUGAGAUGGUGGUUGGAUGGUAUCACUCCCAUCCUGGCUUCGGCUGUUGGUUGUCAGGUGUCGACAUCAACACACAACAGAGUUUUGAGGCUCUGUCCGAGAGAGCUGUUGCAGUUGUUGUAGACCCCAUACAGAGUGUGAAGGGCAAGGUUGUCAUUGAUGCUUUCCGUCUCAUCAACCCAAACAUGAUGGUUCUGGGUCAGGAACCUCGUCAGACUACAUCCAAUCUCGGCCAUCUCAACAAGCCUUCAAUACAGGCUCUGAUCCAUGGACUCAAUAGACACUACUAUUCCAUUGCCAUCAACUACCGCAAGAAUGAACUAGAACAAAAGAUGCUGCUGAACCUGCACAAGAAGAGCUGGGUGGACGGCCUCAUGCUGCAGGACUACAACACUCACUGUAGCCUCAAUGAGAAGACUGUCAAGGAGAUGCUGGAUCUGGCCAAGAACUACUCUAAGGCUUUAGAGGAAGAAGAAAGUAUGACACCAGAACAGCUUGCUAUAAAAAAUGUUGGAAAACAGGAUCCCAAGCGUCAUUUAGAAGAGCAUGUAGAUGUCCUGAUGACCAAGAACAUUGUGCAGUGUCUCGGCUCCAUGUUACAUACAGUUGUAUUCAAAUAGACACUAAUACCAUCAUGUGGAGUGACCAAUUCCAGUCACAGAAAAAAACACAAAAUUAAUGUUUUGUGAAAUAGAAAUACAGCAAGCUCAUCUUUACACUUGAUGGGUGAACUGCUGUUCCUCUGGUAUGAUGUCAAGACAAAAGGAAACCCAGCCCAGUUUAUUGUAAAAGAUGGAAUAUUGCUUGUGGCAUGGACAUUUGAGGUGUCUGGAUUGGGAAAGAAAUAGAUGCACAUAAGUGCUAAUCUCCUUGUAUAUACUACUUUAUGUGCUCUUGUCACCUUCCAUUGUAUUGCUUAAGCUCAUUUCAUUUGUAUAAAAAUUAUGUCAAUGAAAACA